GGUCCAGGUAUUGCCGAUCCGUGUGAAAAGGAAGCGGUGGACGUUCUGGCGCCUCUUACCGGGCAGCAGAGGGAAGCGAUCACUGCUAGUGCUCAGCAUGCUCUUCGUCUAAUAGCCUUUAACCAGCUUUACAAGGUGUUGGGAUUGGAGCGUCUGCCUGAUGUUCGCCCACCGCUUACUGACAGGAAACGACCAAUGGACACUGCAAACGCUGUUGAA